UCAUUUCCCAUCCAUCCACCAUGCCCCCACGCACAUAUCUCCUCUCCCGCACCCUCGAUCCCGUCCUUGGCGCAUUCACAGGCGUCUUUGCCUACUACCUCAACGAGACAAACCCCCGCACAGCACCCCCUCCCGGCCACACCCUGAAAGAACUCGUGUCCUGGCGCUGGACCGAGUCCAAGCAGUUGAGAGAGGCCAGGGAAAAGGAGGAACUGGAAGAAUGGGAGAAGGUGACUAGGCAGCUGGGAGUGGUCACGGAACCGGCAGCGACACAGGCGGUGGACGCAAAGAUAUAGAGGGUCUUCAGGCUUCAAUAAGGCCGUCGCUUGAGAUGCCAGCACUUGAGAUGCCAAUCAUGGCAUGCGCAAGGUAGUAAACAUCUGAUCUGACCAGCAAUACGUCGAGAUUUGUUGUCACAUGUAUCUAUCUCUGGAAUUUGAAUGACACAUAAAC